AUGGUUUCUCGGCCCGAGCUGAGACAUGCCCGGCCCCAUCCCAGCGAGUACAUGGGAGAGGCCUCGAGUCAGCAGCCCCCCACUGCUGACAGAGGUAAGGGCACCCACAAAAAUGACAGCAAGGCCCCUGUCACCAAGAUUGAACUUCUGCCAUCCUACUCCACAGGUGCACUGAGAGAGGAGCCCCCAGAAAUGGAUGACCCCUGGGACCUGCCUGAACUUUGGGACACUGGGAUCAAGUGGUCAGGGAAGGUGGCCGGACAGUUCCUAAGCAACAACUCCAUUAUGUCGAACCCUGUGGCCGGGUUGAUGAUCGGGGUGCUGGGAUGAGUCCAGCCUGUCUUGGGCCCUGUGGGCACCUGCCCAGGCUGCCUUCCUAAACUUGCUAAUGCCGCUUUCCUCCCUCCAGUGCUGACCGUGCGGGCAGCCAUCCCCAUCAUCAUGGGGGCCAACAUUGGGACCUCAAUCACCAACACCAUCGUGGCGCUCAUGCAGGCGGGAGACCGGAGCGAGUUCAGGAGGGCCUUUGCAGGUGCCACCGUGCACGACUUCUUCAACUGGCUCUCCGUGUUUGUGCUCUUGCCCCUGGAGGCUGCCACCCAUUACCUGGAGCUCCUGACCAACCUGGUGGUGGAGACCUUUCACUUUAAGAGUGGAGAAGAUGCCCCAGCACUUCUGAAAGUCAUCACAGAUCCCUUCACGAAGCUCAUUAUCCAGCUGGAUAAAAAAGUUAUCAACCAAAUUGCCAUGAAUGAUAAAACAGCCCAAGACAAGAGUCUGAUCAAGAUAUGGUGCAAAACUUUAACCAGCGUGACUCAGAUGAAUGUCACCAUCCCCUCCCCUGAAAAUUGCACCUCCCCUUCUCUCUGUUGGAUGAACGAGACCCACACUUGGACCAUAAAGAACGUGACCUACCGGGAGAACAUUGACAAAUGCCGGCAUAUCUUUGUAAAUUUCAACCUCCCGGAUCUUGCUGUGGGCAUCAUUCUGCUCAUAAUCUCCUUGCUGGUCCUCUGCGGCUGCCUGGUCAUGAUUGUCAAGAUUCUGAGCUCCAUGCUUAAAGGAAAGGUCGCUGUUGUCAUCAAGAAGACUAUCAACACUGACUUCCCCUUCCCCUUUGCCUGGGUGACUGGCUACCUGGCCAUCGUCGUGGGGGCGGUCAUGACCUUCAUCGUGCAGAGCAGCUCUGUGUUCACGUCUGCCCUGACCCCGCUGAUCGGUAUCGAUGUGAUAAGCAUCGAGAGGGCAUAUCCGCUCACGCUGGGCUCCAACAUCGGCACCACCACCACGGCCAUCCUGGCCGCCUUGGCCAGCCCAGGCGAUAGAUUGCGGAGCUCCCUCCAGAUCGCCCUGUGCCACUUUUUCUUCAAUGUCUCUGGAAUGAUGAUAUUUUACCCGAUCCCAUUCACUCGCCUGCCCAUCCACCUGGCCAAAGGUCUGGGAAACAUCUCGGCCAAGUACCGCUGGUUCGCCAUCUUCUACCUGAUCUUCUUCUUCUUCCUGAUCCCGCUGUCGGUGUUCGGCCUCUCGCUGGCCGGCUGGCCGGUGCUGGUGGGCGUGGGGGUGCCCAUCCUCUUCGUCCUCCUCCUGGUGGUGUGUCUCAAGCUCCUGCAGUCCCGCUGCCCCCGCAUCCUGCCUAAGAAGCUCCAGAACUGGAACUUCCUGCCCCUGUGGAUGCACUCGCUGAAGCCCUGGGACAGCGUCAUCUCUUCAGUCACCAGUCUGUGCCAGAGGCGCUGCUGCCGUGUGUGCUGCCUGAUGUGUGGCUGUGGCAGGUGCUGUCGCUGCAGCAAGUGCUGUGAGGACCUGGAGGAGGUGCAGGAGGAGAUUCAGGGUCUUGGGGAGAAGGAGGCAGAGGAGAGGGAGCCCGGGCAGCCCCUGCUGGGAUCUCACGCAGCUGGAGUUGGGGCGCGGGGUGCGCGCGCCAGGGCGCGCGAGGCGCCCGCGGGGCGUGGGGCCAUGCGGGCUGCGGCCACCGUCUGA